AUGGAAGCCCUACCAACCUGCUAUGAUGUGUUCUUGAGUUUCAGAGGUGCAUACGAUCGCACUGGCUUCGUCUAUCACCUCUACAAGAGGCUGCUGGAUUCUGGGGUCCGCGUGUCACGCAACGAUUGCGCGCUCCCGGUCCGCAAGGAGAAAGGCACGGAGCAGCUUGUCUGGGCCAUCAGUAGAUGUAAAAUCGCGAUACCCAUCAUCUCCCGAGGGUAUGCGAGUAGUACAUGGUGCCUCGAGGAGCUCGCCGCGAUCAUGGAUUGCCGCAGAAGGGAUGACAAAUUGGUCUUCCCUGUAUUCUAUAAUGUGGAUGUUGUUGAUUUGGGUCGCCGACGCGGUGACUUUGAUGAUGAGAUGAAGUGCAGUUCGGAAGAAGUGCUGAAAUGGCAGGAAGCGCUGACUUCUGUAGCGAGGAUUAGAGGGUGGAUAUCACAGAGCACUGCUGAUGGAAUUUGGGGAAAGGUGGGCAUCAAACUGUAAGCCUAACUUUGUUUUUACACGUAUGUGUGGG